CGUGUGAAGUUGGCAGCAUUGGGGUUGUUUGCUUGCUAGGCUCCAGUUAGCCUUUCUCCUGACAAGACUGUAAACGAUGUAGGCAGCUAUACUAACAAGACUUGUCAAUAAUAAUGACUUAAUUUUGCAUAGUUAUAUAGUUGACUAGUGAAAUAAUGAGUUAGGUAGUUAAUAUUUUAAAUAAUCUAGCUAAUAAACAUCGAACUGGUGAAGACACCAGACUGUAGGUAGGGGGAAAAAAUCCGUCAACAUUGGCUCAUUAAGUGAUUAAUUAUUGUCAUUUAUGUGUUCAGAUAGUAGAAGAAUUACACUUUGAAUCUCCUUUGGUUCUUGACAGCAAAGCACAGGUGUGGUGGAGGAGGUGAGCAGCAACACCUUUUAUUUAACUGCACCUCAUUCUUACACAACUCAAAAUACGUUUACUGAAGCAUUCAAGUCGAAACUGAAAGCUCUGCACCAUGCUUAUCUAACUUGCAUAUCAUAUAGAGAUGUUGAAAGAGUUUAGGAUUUAAGAUUAGCUUCAGAAAAUAAGGGUCUAACCUUAACUUGGGUCAUUUGGAGACAUUGGAGGAGAAAGGAAAGGAAAGCCAUGCUGGCUGUUGUAGGACGAGUUUGGACAUGGGUUAACCCAGCGAACUUGUAUCGCCCUUGGGCGAGUAAACCCAAAAGUCUUCCGGUUGAGGGUCAGGAGAAAAGCAGGUGGAGUCUGGCAGGGUUAACCUCCUGGGUUUGGGGUGGAAGGAGAAAGCAAAGUGACCAAAAAACCCUGACCGAGGAAUACUGGGAAGCUCAGGAGGAGAUCGUCAAACCUUUAGAAGUAGAAGAUCUGAACGCUGAAAGACUCGAGGCGCCUCCACCGCAAAGUCCUCCGCGAUGGUGGAACCGGAUAAUCAGUCCCGUGUUUUAUUUAUGGCCGACGUCGUACAAGGUCCGUGGACUCGGUGAGAGGACGAGCACGUGGAACGACGGAUCGUGGGAUUCUGACACGAAAGACGGCGAUUUUUCAGAUUACGCCACCCCUCCUCCGUCUCCCGUCCCGCUGUCCCAGAGGUCGUCUACGUUCCGCUUCUUUGCUCAGUCGUGGUCCGGAGACGUUCUCCCAGAGCAUUACGAGAUUUGUUUCAAUUUCCUUCGCCACCUCUUUGACCUGUUCGUAGUCGGCUUCCUGUUGACCGUCUCGCCCCCGGCCAAGUUCGUCCUGGAUGUCCUGGGCGUCCAGGGUGCGCUCAAGCUUUGGCUCCACGGCAUGGCCAUGUUCCUGGUGUCCUCUGUAGGAAUGGCCGGCCUGCUCUGGUUGGUUCAGGAGUACCUGCCUCAGUUCGCACUGGUGUAUGGCAUCGUCCAGGCGCUGGUCAUUUCCGUCAGCGUGCGCCAGAGCGUGAUUUUGGGGACGGGAGAAGACGGGAAAGAAGAAGAAGAGGACCGCGUGGAAGAAACAGAAGAUACUUUGGCGCAGACUCAAAGCAGUAGCCCUGCCGGGAAAAGUGUGACAGUGUCUUGAAGACUGAAGGUCUUAGGGCUGUGAAGGAGACACUACGAACUGACCACACGAGCAGAAAAUCAGCACACGAGCCAAACGUCGGUGAUGAAGUCGUUACGAUCCUACCAGCACUCCUUUUUCCUUUUUUUUUUUUCUCUCUCUCCCUCUCAAUUAUACAGAGUUCCGUUCCCACCUUGACUGGAGAAGAGCCUAAACUUAAAGGAACGCUGAUUCCAUUUACUCCAUUUUUGAACGGAAACAACCUUUUUUUAUUUUGUCUUUUUUUUUUUUUUUUUUAAAUUGAACACAAUCUUCAGAGACCGUUGGUGCAUUGGAGCAGAAGACGAAUGUUUCAUCAGCAUUUUGGAAAGUUGCCAGUGAGAUUUUUGAGUACAAAAUGCACUGUAAAGGCACUUUUAACACGCACGGAUGGCGAGAGAGCGGGAGAGACGACCCUGCUGUGAUAUUUACCACAUCAUUUUACUUCAGGAAGCCACACAGCUGAUUGGUUUUAACCUCUGGAGAGAGCCGACAGAGAUUUGACUUCAUAUCAGCAGCCGCUCUCCUUAACUUAAUUUUAUAUAUAUAUAUAUAUAUAUAUAUAUAUAUAUAUAUAUACACAUACAUACACACACUUUGCCCAGCUCUGAGGUUUAGCUAAUCUCCAUUUACAGUAUUUGUAUUUCACUACAUUUGAUAUUCCGUGUGAUUUCUACACGUACUUUCACAGCACAUCCAUAAUCGUGUCGGGUUUUGUUUGUUGUUGUUGUUGUUUUUAAAGGGGUACUUGGGAACAUUGUUUGGUCACUAAACCUAAAUAAAGUGGGCUUGUUUUUGACGUUACGGUACACACUAGCCAAGACUUGGCCGCAUUGUUCUAUUUAAUCCGUCGCGUUAUUCUCAUGAACAUUUCCGCUAUUAUAUAUGACUUAUUUAACGUGUCUGUUUAUAUCAGUGGAGUUUGCGUAUUUGUCUCAGAGGUCAACCUUUUUGUUCGAUGGCUGUUUUUUGAAUAUUUCCUACUCUGCAUUUUGUUCUCGUACAACGUUUCGGACACGCGUGCCUCGGUAUGGCCCAUUAGGGUUUGUUUUAUGUCUAUGUUUCAGACUAACACUAUCAUUUGGAUUGUUUUUAUCUGUCACUUUACAUCUUGUUGUUUUUCCUAACUCCUUUUCUAUGACCGGUAUUUCAGAGCAUGAUCAGUGGUAAGAUGUUUGAAUAAUUAAAAAGAAAAUGUCUACUAACAUCUAGCAUUGUUUGUUCAAGCACAUCUUAAACGAAAAACGUUUUCCGUUCGUGUCGGUGCCUAGUUAAUGCACUUUAAGAUUAGUUUUUGUUUUGUUUUUUGUCAGUUUAAUGCGUUUGCACUGUUCAGUAACGUGCAGGAUCACUGUACAAGUCAGCUGUGUAGAAAUCUGCUGUGUGAAACUAGGAACGAUGCCUACGUCCUUUCUGAGAGAGGGAACAUGAAUAAAUAUGUGCGAUGUAACUGAGGUCUUUCAGAGUUUUUAAAGAGUCGCUGAUCGGCACAUUGAGCCUGAAAUAUCUGCUGAAAUAAAUCUGUUUUGUUGUUUUUCCCCCCUGAAGCGUA